AUGAAACCUUCAAUGAAUUUAUCAAAACUAUCAAUUUUCAUGAGAGUCACAGUUCAGAUUAAACCCUAAAUUUUGGGGUGAUCGACAUGGACGCCAAAGACAUUCUCGGACUACCCAAAACUCAGUUACCAUUAACACAAGACAAGAAAUCUCGGCUCCAGAAGGAACCCCAAAGGAAACCGGAUGGCAUCUCUCGUGAGGUUUAUGCGCUUACUGGAGGAUUGGCGCCGCUUAUGCCAUCCAUUGACGUCUCUCUGUUGAAAAAAGGACCCCCAUCUGACGAGAAGAUUACUUGGCGGUGGCUUCCUUUCACAAAUUCUGCACGUAAAGAUGACUUGCAGCUUUACCAUUGGGUCAGAGUUGUGAAUGGUAUUCCACCAACAGCAGACUACUCUUUUGCCAAGUAUAAAAAGUCUGUUGAUGUUGUCAAAUACACGAAUGAGGAGUAUGAAAAGUAUUUAACAGAUCCUACAUGGACCAAAGAGGAGACAGAUCAACUGUUUGACUUGUGUGAAAGGUUUGAUCUCCGUUUCAUUAUUGUAGCUGACAGAUUCCCAUCAUCUUGGUCUGUGGAGGAACUAAAGGAUCAUUAUUAUAGUGUAUCUCAAGCUAUAAUGAUUGCUAGGGCUCCAUCUCUGGGAGAUGUUGCAGUUCAUCCUCUUGUUAAGGAGCCUUACAAUGUUUCACAAGAGAAAGAACGGAAGCAUGCAUUGUCAAUGGUGCUAUCACAAACAAAACAGCAAGAGCAUAUAGAUGCUGAGGUUUUGGCUGAAACAAAAAGAAUAGCUGAGUCACGCAUGGCUGCACGGGCUGCCGAAGAGCCUGAGUUGCCUAUUACAUCACAUGUGGGCUCAGAAAGUGCUGACCAGGCUGUACUUGGUGAUACUAUAUCCUGUUCAUUAAAUGUUCAGAUUCCUGCAGCAGUGGUUGCACCUUCAACCUCUAUUAUGGCUGAAAGUGCCUCUACUUUGGCUUCUUUACGCAUGCUUAAGGUUUAUUUGAGGACUUCUGCACUUGAGCAGAUGGUACAAGCUGCAAGCUCAUCAGCAGGACUUUGGACUAUCAAGCGGGUUGGGCAGACCUUUCAAGAUCUUGGGGUUAAUUUGAAACCUAAAGUUCCAACCAAAGCUGUUUGUGCAGAGCAUCUUGAAUUAAGAAAAGAAAUAUUGACUCGACUAAAUCUUCAGAAGCAGUUGCAAUACAAGGAGGCAGACAGUUCAUCUUACUGUGAUGGUUCAUACAUUGAUAUGCCGGACACCCCUAAGUGUUCACAUCGUGGUGGGGAUCAGGAUCGAACAUUUGUUCCAGACUCUGCAAGUCUUGGAGGAGAAAGGAUUGGCAAAAGGGACCAGAAACGCAAGGGACCUGGAAGGUUAUCAGAGGCUCCAUCAUCGACUGCUCAUAAAAGGCCAAGAAAAAUUAAGGCUUCAGAUCUAUAAUUUUUUAAGUCACAAUGGCUUAAUUUUUGCUGCUUAGUUCAUUAUUCUUGAAGUUAAAGAGCAACGCAGGAUUUAAACCAGGACCUUGCCUCAGCUUCACCAUAUUUACCAGGCCAGCUGUGUUAGGCAUCGCUUUGAGAUCCUCUUAUUCACUUCCCACUAGCCGUGUCAACGUUCGUGUUCAGGCAAAAGCAAAAUAUUAUCGCUCUAGAACUUCUUGCGGUUUAAGAAACCAAACCAGAACAAGUAUCAGCAACCCAUCCAUCUCUCUCUCACUUUUCGGCUCUGGUUUCUUUCUGGGUCCCCUUAUUGAUGGGCUUCAUUCCCGGGUGAAUCUUGUGGUCUAUGAAAACGGGUCAAUUAAUAUCGGACCUCUCCACACGAGUAUCUGGGUUCCGUCUCUGCUGGGAUUGUUUUACUGCACUGUCGGUUUGCUCCAACUCUACUUGGAUGACAGAGCCUCACCCUCUUCAAAGGUUCCCGAGGGAAGCUUGGAAAAAAACCGCCGCUUCGCUACUAGCUCUGUUGGUAUUUAUUGAAUUGAGUGCUGAACUUUAUAAGGCAGGAACAGCAGACAACAUAGAAGCCUACAUAUUAUUUGCAGUGGCAGAAUUUAUAUGGUUUUCCCUGGACAGGACAUGGCUCGGCUUCGCCCUAGCAUCUAUUGUCGGUCUCGCCUGCCCACUGGCUGAGAUACCUCUAAUGAAGCUAUUUCACCUUUGGUAUUACCCAAAAGCAAAUAUAUAUUUCCUUGGCCAGGGAUUGGUUACUUGGACAGCUACCUGCUAUUUUGUUUACACGCCAUUCCUCAUUAACUUAGCUCGUUGGCUCAGAUCAGUAAUGGCUGCUGCUAAUUCAGAGGACAAGUCUGGUUAGGCAAAUAUCUGAAUUUCUCUCUUUAAGCCACGGUUUCAUUACUUCUACUGUAAGGAGGGGAUCCUUAGAAGUAAUCAAUUGAUGUUGUACUCAAAAACUCUUUUUCAGUUUAAUUCCCAUCUUCAUAUUCA